AUGUGUUCUCCCGCCAGUUCCAAAAUCCUAUACAGGAAUCCCCGGUUUCUCCGGUUAGCUUUUCUGCAGCUUCAUCACCAGCAACAGACUGGUGUAUUCUGUGAUGUCCUUCUGCAGGCAGAAGGUGAGGCAGUCCCAGCUCAUUGCUGCAUCCUGUCAGCCUGCAGCCCCUUCUUCACGGAGCGCCUGGAGCGGGAGAGGCCAGCUCAGGGUCGGAAAGUGGUGCUGGAGCUGGGAGGCUUGAAGAUCAGGACACUCAGGAAGCUGGUAGACUUCUUGUAUACCUCAGAGAUGGAAGUAUCUCGAGAAGAAGCCCAGGAUGUGCUUUCUGCUGCCCGUCAGCUCCGUGUAUCUGAGCUAGAAUCCCUUCAGCUAGAGGGUGGGAAGUUGGUGAAGGCCCCCCAGAGCCGAAGACUGAACCGGGAGUGCUUACACCCUCCAAGUGCUGCACCAAUCUCUGCCAGGGUGGUGGCAUCUAGCCGCCGCCCUCGGACUCCACUGCCUGCAACCCAGACUCCUUGUCCUCUUCGGCCAGUAAGAUUGAAGUCCUCGGGGAAGGAGGAGGGGCCCUUGGAGAAAAACAACCGACAGAAUGCAGAGAAUUUGUCUGGCAGUCUGCUAAAGAAGAAGGCCAGAGCUUGCCCAACUUCACAAGAAAAAAGCUCUUCACCAUCAAGCCACAGUCAGGGACCAAGAGAGAACAAGAGUGACCCUGCCCUUGCUCCUACAGCACUUUCCCCACCCGGUAUGUAUCCCUCUGUGGAUGAGCGGCUAUUGCCCAGAAAGAUCAGACUGAGUCGCUCAAAGCCAUCUCCUGAUACCUGUACAUCCAAGCCGUCCAGCAUGGUAAGCGGACCUAGCUCAGUACCCACAGCCCCUGGCCGGCGCCUUUGGCGGCAGAAGAGUAUCAAUAAAGUACCAGAGGACAAGGAGAAACCAGGAGGAGCUAGUCCUCUACAGAGCAUCCCAAGCCCAUCUGGCCUUGGAAAGACAGGUGGGAGCAAGAAGCGGAGCCCUGAAGUCAGGGCACCGAACUCAGACUCUGCAGAAGAGGGGCAGGUUGGAAGAGUGAAACUUCGGAAGAUUGUCAAUGGGACGUGCUGGGAGGUGGUACAAGAGCCCCCCCUCAAAAACUCUCAAGAUAGCCCUCAGAUCCCAGAACCUCAAUACUCAGAAGAGCCUGCGAGUACUCAGCCAUCCUCACUUAAUGAGCAGGAACAGUCAUCUGCUCCAGUAGACCUGUGUCAGGACUCCCCAGUGUGUUCUAGGCUACAAGACAUUCUGCUCUCUGCUAGCCACUCCCCAGACCACCCAGUGGUGAAGUCUGAGUUCGGGUCCAGUCCAGAACUGGUAGGGAAGGAACCUGGGUUGGAUAUUGACUGCAGAGAACCCUAUGCAUUUGACACAGCCCUGCUGGGGCAGCCCUGCGAAGCCGAGGAGUACCGCAUCACAAGUGCCGCUGCCACCAGUGAGCUGGAGGAGAUCCUGGACUUCAUGCUGUGUGGCUCAGACACUGAGCCCCCCAUGGGGUCUCUGGAAAGUCCUGGAGCCCAGGGCUGCAGGACCCCUAGCUAUCACCUGACAGAAACAGGAAAGAACUGGAUCGAAGGGGAGGAAUGGUGUUUGCCAGACAUGGAACUCUGGCCCAGGGAGCUCACGGGACUGGAAAAGGAACCUGUUGGUGAGGACAAAGAACCAAUUGAGCCCUUUAGCCUCCUUAUGUCCUCUGAGAACAAAGAGCCAACUGAGUCCCUUAGCCCCCUUGUCAUACCCUCUGAGGUGAGUGAAGGGGAGGUACUUUCAGUAGGACGCUCUUGGACUCCAGAUCUAGAAAUUACCAGUUCCCAACCACUGGAUGGUCAGAGAGAUAAGCUUCAUACUGACUCUCUUGACCUUCCCCACAGGUCCUAUGAGGACCUCUCACCUCCCUGUUCAAACUGUAUGGAGACUAGGCCAGAAGUGUCCCUAAAUAUGGAUGAGGUAUUGUAUCCUGCUCCAGAGCCAGGCAAGGAGGUACUUGGCAACUCUGAGUUGUCGGACCCACUUCCUGCCAGCUCCGAAGAGGAAGAGAUUGAUGUGGUGGACUGGACAUCAGAGGGGAGGCUGGUGCCCACAGGUAUUCCCUCUGUGUGGCCCGACCCUUCCUCAGAGUCAGACACAGAGGUGGACAUACUGACGUAG